GGUUCAUGUAAUCAAAGAAGUUUCUUUGUUGUGUGUAUCUUUACAGAACACAACAGGAAUUGAAAAUGAAUCAGAACGUUCCUGAGCCUGUGGCAGCCACUGAGAUCCUGGCUGAGGUACCUGAACAUGUGCUUCGAGGACUUCCAGAGGAAGUGAGACUUUUCCCAUCUGCUGUUGACAAGACCCGUAUCGGUGUCUGGGCCACUAAACCUAUUUUAAAAGGCAAAAAGUUUGGGCCAUUUGUUGGUGAUAAGAAAAAAAGAUCUCAGGUUAAGAAUAAUGUGUACAUGUGGGAGGUAUAUUAUCCGAAUUUGGGAUGGAUGUGCAUUGAUGCCACUGAUCCAGAGAAGGGGAACUGGCUUCGAUAUGUGAAUUGGGCUUGCUCGGGAGAAGAACAAAACUUAUUUCCCCUGGAAAUCAACAGAGCCAUUUACUAUAAAACUUUAAAGCCAAUCGCGCCUGGCGAGGAGCUCCUGGUCUGGUACAAUGGGGAAGACAACCCCGAGAUAGCAGCUGCGAUUGAGGAAGAGCGAGCCAGCGCCCGAAACAAGCGGAGCUCGCCCAAGAGCCGGAAAGGGAAGAAAAAAUCCCAGGAAAAUAAAAACAGAGGAAACAAACCCCAAGGCAUACAGCUGAGGAGAAGUGAGCCAGAUUCCACCCCUGCAAAUAUGAGAGAUUCUGCAGAAGGUCCUAAACAAGAAGAGAGGCCUUUGGCUGAAGCACCCGAGCAGCCAAGUGUUCCGCAGGAAGUGGUCAGCCAGGACGUGGUUCCACAGCUGCUGAUCCCUCCUCCUGCCUGUGAGCCCCAGCCAGAUCCAGAAGGGAAACAGGAAGCUGCAGACUGUGAGGCAAAUGAUCUGGAGGAAGAGGAAGAGGAAGAAGAUGAUGAUGAUGAUGAUGAUGAUGAUGAUGAGUUGGAAGAAGAAGGGGAGGAAGAAGCUGACAUGCCAAAUGAAAGUUCUGUCAAAGAGCCAGAAAUACAAUGCGAUGAGAAGCCGGAGGAUUUAUUAGAAGAAACAAAAAGCAUUUCAAAUGAAACUCCUGAAGACUCUUCUGAAGUAACUCCAGUCAUUAAGAUCCCUGCAACUAAAGAUGAGGCCAAUGGUGAGGUAUUUGAAACGUUUAUGUUUCCAUGUCAGCAUUGUGAAAGGAAAUUUAGCACCAAGCAGGGGCUGGAACGCCACAUGCAUAUCCACAUGUCUGCAGUCCAUCAUGCUUUCAAAUGCAAGUAUUGUGGGAAAGCAUUUGGCACACAGAUUAACCGGAGACGGCAUGAGCGUCGCCACGAAGCAGGGCUAAAGCGAAAACCCAGUGCAACAGUGCAGCCAUCCGAGGACCUAGCUGAUGGCAAAGGUUCUGUGGAAAAUGUUGGUCCUAAAAAUGAAUUGAAGCCUCCCCAUCUUGGACAGUACUACCUGAUCUCAAACUCAGAGAAAGCUUCUCAAGAAACAGCAAAUCCUUCUGUUGUAGAAGAGAAUGGAGAAGUGAAGGAACUUCAUCCAUGCAAAUAUUGCAAGAAGGUGUUUGGCACUCACACUAAUAUGAGACGGCAUCAGCGCAGAGUUCAUGAACGCCACCUGAUUCCCAAAGGUGUCCGGCGGAAAGGUGGCCUCCUUAAUGAGCCACAGCCUCCUGCAGAGCAGGCCCAGCCCACCCCAAAUGUCUAUGUACCAAGCACAGAGCCAGAGGAGGAAGGGGAAGCAGAUGAUGUGUACAUCAUGGACAUUUCUAGCAAUAUCUCUGAAAACUUAAAUUAUUACAUUGAUGGCAAGAUUCAAACCAACAACAACACUAGUAACUGUGAUGUGAUUGAAAUGGAGUCUAAUUCAGCAGACUUGUAUGGUAUAAAUUGUCUACUCACUCCAGUUACAGUGGAAAUUACUCAAAAUAUAAAGACCACACCAGUCCCUGUAACAGAUGACCUUUCUAAAGAGCCUUCCAGCAGUACAAACUGUGAGUCCAAGAAACGGAGGACUGCAAGUCCACCUGUGCUCCCCAAAAUUAAAGCUGAAACGGAUUCUGACCCCACUGUACCCUCCUGUUCCUUAAGCCUGCCUCUUAGCAUAUCGACAACGGAGGCCGUGUCUUUCCCUAAAGAGAAGAGUGUUUAUUUGUCAUCAAAGCUCAAACAGCUUCUUCAAACCCAGGACAAGCUGGCACCUCCUGUAGGGAUUUCAGCAUCUGAAAUCCCCAAGUUAGGUCCUGUGUGUGUGUCUGCACCUGCAUCCAUGUUAGCCAUUACCUCGAGCAGGUUUAAGAGGCGGACCAGCUCUCCACCCAGUUCUCCGCAGCACAGCCCCGCCCUUCGAGACUUUGGGAAGCCGAGUGAUGGGAAAGCUAUGUGGUCAGACACAGUGCUCACUUCCAAGAAACCCAAGUUAGAACGUCAUAGCGACUCGCCCUCCUGGAGCUUGUCUGGGAGAGAGGAAAGAGAAACUAGGACCCCUCCUUGCUUUGAUGAAUAUAAAAUAUCAAAAGACUGGGUGACCAGCUCUACUUUCAGCAAUGUGUGCAACCAACAACCACUGGAUUUAUCCAGCGGAGUCAAACAGAAGGCUGAGGGGGCAGGCAAGACUCCGGUCCAGUGGGAAUCUGUAUUAGAUCUCAGUGUGCAUAAAAAGCAUUGUAGUGACUCCGAAGGCAAGGAAUUCAAAGAAAAUCAUUCAGCUCAGCCAACCUGUAGCACUGUAAAGAAAAAGAAACCAACCACCUGCAUGCUACAAAAGGUCCUUCUCAAUGAAUAUAAUGGCAUCAAUUUACCUGUAGAAAGUACUCUUGAUGUGACCAGGAGCCCAAGCCCUUGUAAAUCUCUAGAUACCCAUCCAGAUUCUGACCUUGGUUCUGACUCUCACUUCUCUGCUCCUACUGCUGAGUCCCCCCCUGCAGUGUGUCCUUCAUCACCCGCCUUGCAGACACCCUCCUUGUCGUCCAGUCAACUACCACCUUUCUUGAUUCCCACAGAUCCCCCGUCCCCUCUGGCAUGCCCUCCUGUGUUAACUGUUGCCACUCCGCCCCCUCCCCUCCUCCCAACAGUCCCUCUUCCUGCCCCAUGUGCCAGUGCUUCUCCUCAACACUGUCCCUCUCCACUCUCAAGUGCGACCGCCCAGUCUCCACUUCCAAUUCUCUCCCCAACUGUGUCACCCUCACCCUCUCCUGCUCCUCCUGUGGAGCCGCUCUUGUCUGCUGCUUCACCUGGGCCUCCAACACUUUCUUCUUCCUCUUCCUCCUCCUCCUCUUCAUUCUCUUCCUCAUCCUCAUCUCCUUCACCACCCCCUCUCUCGGCAGUGUCAUCUGUGGUGUCCUCUGGUGAUAAUCUGGAGGCUUCUCUCCCUGCAAUAACUUUUAAACAGGAGGAACUAGAGAAUGAAAGCCUGAAGCCCCAGGAGGAGCCCCAGUCUGCAGUCGAGCAGGAUAUUAUUCAGGAAACAUUCAGCAAAAACUUUGUCUGCAAUGUCUGUGAAUCACCUUUUCUUUCCAUUAAAGACCUAACCAAACAUUUAUCUGUUCAUGCUGAGGAAUGGCCCUUCAAAUGUGAAUUUUGUGUGCAGCUUUUUAAGGCUAAAUCUGAUCUGUCAGAACAUCGUUUUUUGCUUCAUGGAGUUGGGAAUAUCUUUGUGUGUUCCAUUUGUAAAAAAGAAUUUGCAUUCUUGUGCAAUUUGCAGCAACACCAGCGAGAUCUGCACCCAGAUGAGGUAUGUACACACCAUGAGUUUGAAAGCGGGACACUAAGGCCCCAGAACUUUACAGACCCGAGCAAGGCCCAGAUGGAGCAUAUGCAGGGCUUGCCAGAUGAUCCUUUGGAAACUUCCAAAGAAGAGGAAGAAUUGAACGAUUCCUCUGAAGAGCUUUAUACCACCAUAAAAAUAAUGGCUUCUGGAAUAAAGACAAAAGAGCCAGAUGUUCGAUUGGGUCUCAAUCAGCAUUACCCAAGCUUUAAACCACCUCCAUUUCAGUAUCACCACCGAAACCCCAUGGGUAUUGGUGUGACAGCCACAAAUUUCACUACCCACAAUAUUCCACAGACUUUUACUACUGCCAUUCGCUGCACAAAAUGUGGGAAAGGUGUUGAUAACAUGCCUGAGUUGCACAAACAUAUCCUGGCGUGUGCUUCUGCGAGUGACAAGAAGAGGUAUACCCCUAAGAAAAAUCCAGUACCAUUGAAACAAACCGUGCAACCCAAAAAUGGAGUGGUGGUUUUGGACAACUCGGGGAAAAAUGCCUUCAGACGAAUGGGACAGCCCAAAAGACUGAACUUCAGUGUUGAGCUCAGCAAAAUGUCACCAAAUAAGCUCAAAUUAAGUGCAUUGAAGAAAAAAAAUCAGCUUGUACAGAAAGCGAUCCUUCAAAAAAACAAAUCUGCAAAGCAGAAGGCCGACUUGAAAAAUGCUUCUGAGUCGUCUCACAUCUGCCCGUACUGUAACAGAGAGUUCACUUACAUUGGGAGCCUGAAUAAACAUGCUGCUUUUAGUUGUCCCAAAAAGCCCCUUUCUCCUUCCAAAAGAAAGGUUUCUCAUUCAGCCAAGAAAGGUGGAUACAUGUCACUUGCAAGUAGUGACAAAAACAGUAGCAACCACCGCAGACGGACAGCAGAUGCGGAGAUUAAGAUGCAGAGCUCGCAGAUGCCUUUGGGCAAGACCAGAGCUCGAAGCUCAGGCCCUGUUCAAGCCCCUUUGCCCUCCUCGUCCUUCAGGUCCAAGCAGAAUGUCAAAUUUGCAGCUUCAGUCAAAUCCAAAAAGCCAAGUUCCUCCUCUUUAAGGAACUCUAGUCCUAUACGAAUGGCCAAAAUAACUCAUGUGGAAGGGAAAAACCCCAAAGUUGUGGCCAAGAAUCAUUCUGCUCAGCUCUCAAGCAAAACUUCCCGGAGCCUGCAUGUGAGAGUACAGAAAAGCAAAGCUGUUUUACAAAACAAGUCCACUUUGGCGAGUAAGAAAAGAACAGACCGGUUCAGUGUAAAAUCUAGAGAACGGAGUGGGGGCCCAAUCACCCGAAGCCUUCAGCUGGCAGCUGCUGCGGACCCAAAUGAAAGCAGAAGAGAAGACAGCAGUGCCAAGCAGGAGCUGAAGGACAUCAGGGCCAGGUGUGAAUUAGAUUUGAAGCCAUGGAAAAACUCUCACAAAUACCCCAUGUGGAAAGAUGAUGUUCUCUCAAACUUCCCUCAUCUCUUGGGCAAUAUCUCAGUGUCUUUAGUAGAUGACUUCUGAGGUUAAGAUGGAUCAUGGACACAUUAGCAAACCACCUUGCAAUCUUGUUCAGUGUUUCUGUGACUUAAACAUAGCUAUUAGUAACAGGGACUGCUUUUAUUUUCAUGCCAGCAUUUGAAUUUUAAAACUGCCACAUUGGUCAAAACAGAAUACCUUAUUUCUUAGAAAUGCCUUGUGUUAUAUAUUAAUUACUCCCUUCCUCUGCCUCCAGCCCCAGAGAGGUCAGCAAACCAGGUUCCAGAUGGGAAGAAGAUCAGGGAGGGUACGCGGAGCUACAGGGAGGCUCCUGUGAGGUUCUCUCAGGCAUGUGUGGUACCCAGGGCAGGUCAGCCUCGUGUGUUAGUGCCUCUGCCCCAGUAGUGAUACGAGGACUCAUUAGAUUUGGCGACCUUGCGGAGUCACUUACCUGACUUGAUGUGCAUUCUCAGGAUUCCUGCUGUUUCCUGAUACUGCCUAUGGGUCAGUCUCGUGACUAUAAAUACUUUUAAAUCUUGUUUUAUCAGAGUAUGAAGCCUGACCUGGCUCUGGGCUUUCAUGGGUAUGGUUUUCAGUGCCUUGAAUUUCUUUGGUGUUUAAGCAACAAGAAUUAGGGAUAACUAUGGAGCAACUACUGUUUGGAGAGGUCAUGAGGACACAAACGUGCCACUGUCACUGUCAUUGAUGAGGUAGAUUAAAUUGUAGCUGAAGAAAGAUGUAGAGCUGGGCACAGUGGCACAUGCAUGUAAUCCCAGCACUUGGAGGCUGAGGCAGGAGGAUCACUGAGAGCUCAAGGUUAGCCUGUACUACAUAGCAAGAUCCUGUCUCAUAAAACUGGGGGAAAAAGAGAGAGAUGUAGAGAAUAGUAUUAGCCAGGGCUGAUUUGAAUGGCUUACUGUAGAAUUACAGGAUCAUAUUUUUUAAAAAGCUACUUCAUAAAUAUGUUAAUUCAUUUGCUAUAGAUCUGAUCAGUGCAUAGUCUCUGGCCCUGGCACAUGCUUUGAGAACCUCCUAGGGGUUAGACCUGUUGAGAAUAAGCCUGCCUACCUAGCAGCUCACUUAUGUACCUGCAUGUGCUCAACUGGUAUCCGCAGGUUCCACACCAGCAAGAUAUCAUGGAGCUGUGUCUUCAAGUUGCUAUGUCUUAACCAGAAUAUGCCACCAUUUUCACAGAUUGUACUAAAAAUCACCUUCCUGGUGGCUGAUACUUUAGAAAGAACGCUCUGUCUAACCUUUUUUGCCUCUGAUGUUAUCUAAAAGAAUCACUUGUUUUGUACUUGACCCCACUUACACAACUUAAGGGUAAAAUUCAUAUGAAAAAAUUUUAGGUACUGUAAAGCAGAGCUGAAAAACUAUGGAUUUAAGAAAUCCAUUCAUUUAACCUCUUACCCAGUACUUUCAAGAGCCCUUAAACCUACCAAGUGCUGAAGUGCCUAAAUAAGAGUGUCUUUCUUCUUUGCUCCAGUUAAUUUUAGUUAUUUUUCUUUGUUUGAUAGUUAACAGAGGGUUACAUUAUUGCCAUGAAAUUUAUCCCAAAAGGAAGCACAGGAGAAUCGGAUGAGAAAACACUGGUGUGGUCCCGACUGUUAGAUGGUAGCAGCAGGCAUCCCUGGUGGCUCUGCCUCCCUUUUGUGAGCUGCUGGAAAUGUGCUGUGGACACAUCUGUAGUGCCAGGGGUAUUAUCCAGGAUGUGGAAAUGUGUUAGGUCCCCAUUCCCUCGUGAAGCGUUGAGAAUUAGAAAAGAAAGGCUGGGGAUUUAGCUCAGUGGUUCCGCUGCCUGCCUCACAAGCACAAGGUUCUGAGUUCAAUCCCCAGUACAAAAAAAAAAAGAAAAGAUCCAACAGGACCCCGUAUUUUGACUUUGGACACAAGAGUGGGCGUUUAUUUCAUCAGAGUUCGUUUUGGUCUUAGUACAAAGCCAGGGUUCCUAAGCUGAGACCCAGGGCAUGUGUAAGACUAUCAGCAUUAACAUCUUGCCAAGGCUGUUCCAGAGGGGGCCUCGUCUUCAUGUGUUGUUUGUAGUAUUUUGUGGAUAAGGAGUCACUUUACUUGCAGUUGGCUUCCCAUUUCAGUUUAUUUCUUCUUGGGAAUUUGUUCAGAGAUGAUUUUAUGAGAAAUAACUUGUUUUCACUCUAGUUUCAGGUGGUUUUCCUCUGCUUUCCCUGUUGUGUACUGAGGGUCUUGUCAUAGAACUGACAGCAUGUCUUUUUCCCACUUCUUUACAACAGUGUUUUCAGCUGAUCCUCAGCACUCAGGGUUUUACAUUUGAAAUCUAGCUUAGGAUUUCAGAAGUACUGCCAUGAGACUGUAGCACCAAUUUCCUGUUUAACACUGAGAGCUUAGCAGUUUAUCAGUUGGCCACUUCUAGAGCACCAGCCAUUGUGUCAUUCAGGGUGUGAAAAAGCCAUGUGCCCCACAGAGUCCCUUUCUUAGGACAAAGCAGCAAGGGAAUGCAGGCAUGCCACCAUGCUCAGCUUCUCAUCCAGCUGUUACUGCCAUGAUCCUCCCUGAGUUAGCAGUCAUAGCCUUCCUGAGGUUUCUUGGUGCUGAAUUUAAAUCUGGUAUGAAGGUUCAUUUCCACAGCUCCAGUGAGACCCUUGUAGUCCCAAGGUAUUUUCACAUUCUCAGUGCUCUUCGAAGAGCACAGUUUUUUGUUUUUAUACUGAGCUCCCAUUGCAGCCAGUCUAGAAAACUGAAGCAGAGAGGGCCCCCUAGGAUUUAGCUCAGUGGCACACCUGCCUCGCAAGCACAAGGUCCUGAGUUCAAUCUCCAGUACCGGGGGAAAAAAAGGAAUACUCUGUAGAAAACUUAAACAGAGAGAAGCAGAAUGAAAUGCCAGACCAGGUUGUCCCAUUUUCCAUGAACUGAGAAAGAAUUGCUCUCCCUGACCCCAUGUCAGCUGCACACUCGGAAAGGUCCCUGCUGGCAGUUCUCCCAGAGCCUGUCUUUGGGAUAGGACGCCCGAGUUCCUAAAUAGCUUCAGAGUCAUUUGUAUGUUGCUGUCUUUUUAACAUUUGUCUUAUGGUCCCUCACCUCUUUUCUUUAACAUGGUCAGUUCAUGCAAGGUUAUGUUAUGUUGUCAUUUAUCUUCAGUUUUCUUAUUUUCUAGGAACUUCCUGUAGAAAAGUCCCCCAAACAAAACAGACCUUAAUUGACUAAAAGAUAUUGAUUGCAUGCUCAACUUAGGAUAAGCACUACGGCAAAGGAUACGAAAUCUACCAAGCUUGCAAGACCAGUUGAAGCUGACUCAAAAGUUGUAACAUACAGCUGAUUGCCUGCAGGCUUCUUGUUGCCCUGGUUAGAGUCAGGCAUCCACUCCUUCGCUGACGCCCACACCCGUGCUGGGCUCCUGGGUGAUUGACAUCCAGAGAAAAGGGCACUGUCAGUCCGGCUAGAUGACUGGCUCCUCGUCACGGGACUGGGAACUCAGGUCUGAGUGGCCCUUAUCUUUGGCACAUAGCAGAGAAGGGAAUGAUUUGAUCAUAACCUUGCAAAAGCAAGUUCUCUGUUAUAUCAGUUUAUUGUAGAUUUCAGGGAGACAGAUUCAGAUGCACUCAUUUAAAAACAUUUGGUCAUACACCAGCUCUUGAUGCUUUUCUUUUAAAUGAACCAUAGACGGAGAGAGGCGUUUGGCUGAUCUCUUAACCCCUUCCCCGCUUUUUAAAUCACAAGCAGAUUGCCAGCAUAAUGGAGAGGAAACCAGAUUGGAUAUGGACUCUUUUUAUGCCUCUUCCAGUGUCAUGUUUAUACAUCCAAAUGGAUAUUAUCCUCUCAGAUUAUUAUCUGGCACUAAUUUGUAACUAUUAUAUUAUGAGACUAUGUAGCAAUAUGUCAAAGCACAGGAUUCCAGGCCUGUGUAGGUGUGUGUCUCCGUGUAAGUAUGAAUGAAUUUACUUACCAAGUUUUACACUUCAGUCUCUGAUAGAGAUUAAAACAAAUUAGCUUCUUCCUAUGUCUGAGAAUCAUUUCUCCAUGCAUUUUAUGCCUCCCUCUAAAUUAAUGAGUUGGUGGAAAAUGGCUAGGUUCUUUUCAUACGGUUUUUUGUUCUCAACUUUAAAAGUAAUCUACCUCUUAAAAUCUGUAGUUUAAUACUUGUUUGGUGAAUUUGUGCCACUUUAACCCUUUCACUAUCAUUCCCAUUUUGUUACAUUUCUGUUAUGGGGACUUUAUGUUGAAAUACUGUAUAAAGCAUUUGUAGCAGUUUAAAAAUAAAAUAUUUAAAAUUAUUUAAAUUGUUUUGGACGCUUCAAUUGUAUUAUAUGUGAUCUACGUUUUACUUUUUUGUUUGCAUUGUUAAUCUGGAGCGUGUUCCUGUAUUGAAGUUUGCUGUUAGUUUUAUUCUUGUUGGAGAGUACUAUAAAAGACUUAUAAUGAAAACAUUAAAAUUUACAAUUUGACAUACAAAAGGGGUUGUUUCUUAAUUUUAACUACCAUAGCCUUGAAAGGGAGAGAGAGAGACUGAGUUAUUGACAGACAAGAUGGUGUUUGCUUCUGCUCCCCUUUUAGCAUCAAGCACAUCACUGGCUGGUCAGAUGUAUAAAAGUUUUUUUUAAUGCUGUUACUGCAAACAAUAAUUAGGGGAGAAUCUGAAUGGUACAUUUUACCUAAUUGUAACCAAUAAAAACUUUCUGAACACUU